CCCUGUAUUAUGGUUCAAAGAAGAGAACCAUGUAAAGUGGAUUGACCCGAUGAGGAAAAAGAUAGUAGGAAUCUAAAGAUUGAUAUGGGCAAGAAUGAAGAUGAGAGGAGCACCGCGCCUGGAAUGACAAGCACCACAAUGUGGGCCACAUAGAAAAGAGAUAAACAGCCACAGGUAUCCACUGACAUUUCCUUUCCAUCCCGUUCCUCUUCUCCCUUGACAUUUAUUCCAACUCCUACCAUGUUCUUAUUAAAUGAGAUCAGCAACAUCGCACAAAACCCCAAUGAAUUCUAGCCCUUCUCUUCUAAUUACUCUUUUCUGAGACAGCUUCAGUGCUUUUUCCUUCACAGAGACUGCAAGUUUCCAAAUGGAACAGGAAAAAGUAAGAGCACAAUCAGCAAACCCUAGAUCAAAGCCACAUACCAGCAACAACGACGAGGAAGUUGGUGACAACUCCGGAACAUGGUUGAACCUGACUCUGGGUAGGAGCGUCUCUUCAGCAGCCACAAACUCAGAUUCCCAGUCUAAACAUGCUCCUCUCAAGGUGUUUUCAUGCAACUUCUGCAUGAGGAAGUUUUUCAGCUCACAAGCAUUAGGGGGUCAUCAGAAUGCUCACAAAAGAGAGAGAGGUGCUGCUAGAAGGUUCCGUCACUCCCAACGAAUGAUGAUGGAUUUGCCCCUCAACACUGCUAUCCUACACUCCUGGCGAGUCCAGCCUCACUCAACAGUGGCCAGGUUUGACAAUGUCAGCAUGAGUUGGCCACCCUAUGCACUGGAGGAAGCAACAAAUUUGCGGCGGGCUGGAAGCUAUCAAAUAAAUCUGCAGCCACCCAAGCAACCAUCGGAGCUAAAAAAGCUUGAUUUGAGUCUCCGGCUUUGAUCUAUCUAUGAAUUCGGGUAACAGAAGCAUACAAAGCUCAUAUUGGUCAAGCCAACAAGAUGAAGUUGGGCAAAAGGGAUGGGAUUGGGCAUGCUGUAUUAAGAUGAUAUAAAGAGCUCACAAAUUGGUGGCCUGAGGUUCAGGAGCAUAGAGGCAGGCAAAGCCCUCAUAACCCCUGGGAUGCAUACGUUGGAAAGAGAGGGCACCAACUCAAUGUUAGUAGAGACUAGAGAGGGAUAAAUUUUCCAGUGAUUGCCUGCCAGUGUUGCAUGAACAUGAAUAUGAGAUUCGGAUUCGGACAUAUAUCUGAGAGUUUGUCUAGGCAUGAUGGGGAAAAGAGAGAUUCAGGGCUAUGCAGGAUAACAUAUAAAUUUAACUACUUUAUAAAUUUAUACCUUUAAAUAUUAUCUGUUUAAAGUUAAAGUAUUCAACAAGAAAUGUUAAAGAUAUUGUUUAUUAAGAUCUUUCAAUAUACAUGUUUCUCACCCAAAACUUACCAAUUAACUUAAGGAUAUUAGCAAAAUAAUAUUUUAUAUAGUUGUUUCAAUACCUACAUCCUUAGCAAAUCUCCAUGAAAACACCUACUCAACGAAUAUCAAAUUAGAGAAUCAAAGCCCUUGAUGAAAGAGUUCCAACUCAUUAAAUGUUGGAAGAGUUCAGCUCCCUAAAAGUGGCUACCAAAGAGCUUCAUAAACAUCCAAGUAUUUGAUACGUAUCAGACUUGGUUGGCAAAAUUCUUUCAUCUUCAAUCACUGAAGAAUGAAAAUCAAUCAUGGGGGUGUUUGAUGUUGAAAUUUCUGUUUCAAUGAUAAAAAUAUGACCAACUCAGAUAGUUUAAAGAGGAGAUUGAAGCAUUUAUUAAACGAUCGAAUAUGUCUACUACUCGUUAUACAAUAUAU